AUUCGCUCGCGCUGUAUUAUUGCUCAGAAACCAGCCACCAUGGGGAGUUAAGGGGGCAGUCGACGGGUCAUUUUCGUUAAUAUUUAAUACCGGAAAGCUUUCCAUAUGCUGCGUUUCGGGGCACACCGUUUGCGCCACUCUCCCCAAUGCAGCGGAUUACGGGGAUCGGGCUCACAGAGACGGGUGAAUUGUUUGCCAGCAAAAUCAUUGCUAGAGGGGAACGUCUGACCUCUCCCUUGUGCAAUCAGAGACAUGAGUGUUGUCAGAGAAUUACAUGGGAUUGGGUACAGGGGCGGCGGCGGCGGUGGUGUUGUGGCCUCUCUGAGUGGCCCUACCCACUUUACCGAGGAUGCUCCGCGACCCCCGGUUCCUGGUGAGGAGGGAUCUGAUUUGGACUACCCGGUCCAGUCAGCCAACACCCGUCCGAACACCCUUUCUCAAACACUUGGCUAUCCUCCGUCGUCCUCGUCUUCUAAAAUGGGGGAUCUAUCGAGCUACACGCCCUCGUCGUCGUCUGCGACGCCGCGUCGCCCCGAUCUGGACUUGGGUUAUGAACCCGAGGGCUCGGCCUCGCCAACUCCACCUUACCUGAAGUGGGCCGAGUCGCUUCACUCUCUCCUGGACGACCAGGAAGGCAUCCAGCUUUUCCGAAACUUCCUCUGCCAGGAAGGGUGCGCGGACCUUCUCGACUUCUGGUUCGCUUGCUCAGGGUUCAGGAAGACGAGCCAGGACAAGAGGGCAAAGCUGGCCAAGGCCAUCUACAGGAAGUACAUUGUAGACGGAAGUGGGAUUGUCUCCAGGCAGAUCAAAGCAGCCACCAAGAGCUUCAUCAGAGACUGUGUUGGAAAGCCGCAUCCAGACCCUGCCAUGUUUGAACAGGCCCAGACAGAGAUCCAGGGUAUGAUGGAGGAGAACACCUACCCUUUGUUUCUGAAGUCGGAUCUGUACCUGGAGUACACGCGUACAGGAGGAGAGAGCCCCAAGCCUAACCCCAGUGAUCAGAGCCCCUCAUCGGGGCUGGCUAAGCCUGUGCCUGGGUACUUACCCACACUCGCUGAGGAUGAGGAGUGGAGGUGUGGAGGAGGUGUGAGGGAGGGGGAGGAAGAGAAGGACGAGGAGGAGUGUGGAGACACACCAGCUGACAGGCUGACUCAGAGCCUGUUGAUGCAGACCACACCGCAUAGAACCUCCACCAACAGGAGGAGGCCAGACAGCAGAGAGUACAGGCCCUGGAGGGAGCCGGUGAAUCCGUACUACGCAAACAUGGGCUACGCUCGCGCUCCAGCAACCAGUGCCAAUGACAGCGAGCAGCAGAGCAUGUCGAGCGACGCAGACACACUGUCACUGCCUGACAGCAGCGUAGAUGGUAUUCCUCCAUACAGAUAUCGGAAGCAGCAUCGCAAAGAGAUGCAUGAAAGUGCCAAAGCCAAUGGACGUGUGCCCCUACCUCAUAUACCUCGCACGUACCGCAUGCCAAAGGACAUCCACGUAGAGCCGGAGAGGUUUGCAGCAGAGCUCAUCAGCAGGCUGGAGACGGUUCUCCGAGAGAGAGAGGCUCAGGAAAGACUCGAGGAGAGGCUGAAGAGAGUUAGACUGGAAGAAGAAGGGGACGAUGCUGACGUCUCCGUGACGACCUCCAUGUCCUCUCACAGCGUACCGCUCCCCUUGCCCUCGUCGUUUCCACCUCUCUACGGCGCCCGCUACUCGGAGACCACCGCUAACACGGCGGUCGCCACUUACGGCGGCCUGGUUGCCAUGGAGGAUUCCCAAGACGACGACCCGGAGUCCAUCUUGGACGAGCACGUGCAGCGCGUGAUGAAAACGCCGGGCUGCCAGUCGCCGGGGGCAACCAACAGCACCUUAGGAGGAGGGGGUCGACACAGUCCUCCCAAAGCAUCGCGUUCACCCGACGGGGGUAUCGGCCCGCCGCACUGCCCUCCAGGGAGGGGUCACAGUCUGCCUCCUGCUGGGGUCAAAGGUAUGCAUCACCACAAGCAGCCGUAUCACCACAGAGGAAGAGAAGGGCAGGAGGAGGCGGGCUCUAGGUCUCAGGCCAACCUCAUGUGGAACGGCGACCCGGCCAGCCAGUACGCAGGGAGAAGUCGUAACUACGCCGACGGGGCUGGAGCCAGCACGCUCGAGGGCAUGGGCUACAGUAGUAAAGGCAGCACGCUCUCACGGCGAGGGAGUAAGAAGACGUCGGAGACGUCGGGCAAAGGGGACGAGAAUGGACGUGGCAUGGAGGGCCAGGUACCACUGGAGGAUCUGGAGAGAAACCAGAAGAUCCUGCAGUGGAUGAUGGAAGGAGACCGACAAAGGAAGACCUCACAUGGCGGCAGCACCAGUAGCUCGAGGAGGACGGGACCCAGCAGCGAGUCGCCGCACCCGACGUCGGUGGAGCGCCCGGGAGCCGUGCACCCAUGGGUGUCUGCCCAGCUGCGUAACAACCCCAUCUCGGUGUCCCCCGCCAUCCCCGGCUCAACGUCCACCCAGGUCCAGCCCUCGCACCCUUUCAUCCAGGACCCGGCCAUGCCCCCCAACCCGGCUCCCAACCCCCUCACCCAGCUGGAGGAGGCUAGGAGGAGACUGGAGGAGGAGAGGAGGAGGAACGCACUACAGCAGGCCAAGCAGAGGCACAAGUCUGGUAAGCGCCAAGUGUGUGAGAACAUGACGGUCGCUUACUACUUUUGUGGAGAGCCGAUCCCGUACCGAACAUCCGUCAAAGGCCGUGUGGUGACUUUGGGCCAGUUCAAGGAGCUGCUUACCAAAAAGGGCCAUUACAGGUUCUACUUUAAGAAAGUGAGUGACGAGUUCGACUGCGGUGUGGUGUUUGAGGAGGUUCGCGACGAUGACGCCAUCCUGCCCAUCUUCGAGGAGAAGAUCAUCGGGAAGGUGGAGAAGGUUGACUGAAAUUUGGGAACCGGAAGAUGACACAGAAUUUGGGGAGAAGAACAACAAAAAAAAAGAUCAUUUGGAAGAAGGAAAAUGAAAGAUGAAACAAAGAGGAGCUAAGAAGAGAACGUUGGGGGUUGUGAUAGAAAAUUCAGUUGUGAG